AUGGAAGGACGUUGCCAAUGCGGCCUCAUCCGUUUCACCACCUCUCUUCCCAAGCCGUUAAAAAUAUACAUCUGUCACUGUACAGAAUGCCGUCACCAAUCCGCCUCUGCCUUCGGCAUAACAGCCAGAUUCCCAAAUUUUGAAAUCCCAGAACCCAAACCCGCCUUUGACAACAUCAUCACCAACUACGACCCCUCAUCCUCGUCAGCUAUUGGCAUCCAUGUGCGCCAGACGCUUUCCGGCAAAAGUUUGGAAUGCCUAUUUUGCAAACAGUGCGGGGUCCGAUUGAUGCAUCGCGUGCGUGGGGAGGGGGAGCUGAGUGUGAAGGCUGGGUGUCUUGUCGGGCUGAGUAAAGAGAUGAUGGCGGGCGCGGUGCAUAUCUGGUGCAAGGAGUCGGUGGUAGAGAUUCCGAAACGUGCGGAAAAAUGGGAUGAGGAACCCAACGAGUGA